AUGCUCACACCACCAGUGAACUAAAAACAAGAAACGUCGAGAAACACUGAGACAACAAUGUUGCAUAACGCCCGACGCUAUCCAAUUACUCCGGGACACUGGCGCGGCGUGCGACAGAAAGUUCAGCAAUUCCUGCGGUACGACAGGGGCGGUGCUACGGCCGUAAAGGAGCUCCGGGAGACCACGUGGGCUUUGAGACCACCCCCGCGACCUUGGAGGGUCUUGUCCCUGCUGCUAAUGGCUGGCAGGGUGCAGGGCGCAGGCUCUCGGGCCCUGGACCUGCUCCGGGCUCUGCCCCGUGUGAGCUUAGCCAACCUAAAGCCGAAUCCGGGCUCCAGGAAACCGGAAAGACGACGAAGAGGUCAGAGAAGAGGUAGGAAAUGUGGUCGAGGCCAUAAAGGAGAGCGUCAGAGAGGAACCCGGCCCAGACUGGGUUUUGAAGGAGGCCAGACUCCAUUUUACCUUCGAAUCCCAAAAUACGGGUUUAAUGAAGGUCAUAGCUUCAGACGCCAGUAUCAGCCUUUGAGUCUCAAUAGAUUGCAAUAUCUAAUUGAUUUGGGUCGAGUGGAUCCUACUCAGCCUAUUGACUUAACUCAGCUUGUCAAUGGGAGAGGUGUGACUGUCCAGCCACUUAAACGGGAUUAUGGUGUCCAACUGGUAGAGGAGGGUGCUGACACCUUUACGGCAAAAGUUAAUAUUGAAGUACAGUUGGCUUCAGAAUUAGCCAUUGCUGCAAUCGAAAAAAAUGGUGGUGUUGUUACUACAGCCUUCUAUGACCCCAGAAGUCUAGAAAUUCUGUGCAAACCUGUUCCAUUCUUUCUACGUGGACAACCCAUUCCAAAACGAAUGCUUCCACCGGAAGCACUGGUACCGUAUUAUACUGAUGCAAAGAAUCGUGGUUACCUGGCUGAUCCUGCCAAAUUUCCUGAGGCGAGACUUGAACUUGCCAAGAAGUAUGGCUAUGUUUUACCUGAUAUCACUAAAGAUGAACUCUUCAAAAUGCUUAGUACUCGAAAGGAUCCAAGGCAGAUUUUCUUUGGUCUUGCGCCUGGAUGGGUGGUGAAUAUGGCAGAUAAGAAAAUCUUAAAACCUACAGAUGAAAAUCUCCUCAAGUAUUACAGUUCAUGAAUUUCCUUCCAAGAAAGCAGAGUUGUAAAAGUUCUGGAAGAAAAUGGACUGAAACAUACAUAUUUCUCAUCAUCUUGUCUUGACUUGUGAUUCUCUAGAUGUUGAUGUUAAUUUUCUAUGUAGCCCUAUUUCCAUUUUUGUCUAAAAUUGAAAUAAAAAAUGGGAUAAGCAAGGGCUACGUAGGGGAACUGAAUCUGUGUGGGUUCUUUCUCAAUUAAAGAAACAAACUCCCUGGUUUUCUGCCAGAGGAAGAUGGUAA